AUAUAAUAUAUAUAUACACAGACAAUAUACCAAAUUCAAUGGCCAAUUUACUUUCAUAUACACAAACCCCCAUCAACACAUUAACAACCAUAAUUUCACCUCACCGAAACACCGCCUUCUCGUUCCGGGCUUCUGCCGUCUCCCAGAAGCGAAAAAAACAACAGUCCCAACAACAGAAAGACGAGGAGUCUUUGUUAUCCGCGACAACGACAGAGAAAGGUCUGAGGUUGUUGUUCAUGGAGGAUUUGAUGGAAUGUGCGAGGAGCCGUGAUGUUUCUGGUGUUUCUCAAGUUAUUUACGACAUGAUUGCGGCGGGUAUUAGUCCUGGGCCGAGGUCGUUUCAUGGUUUGGUCAUUUCUCAUACGCUUAAUGGCGAUCAUGAAGGCGCUAUGAAUGCACUGAGGAGGGAACUUAGUGAAGGACUUUGCCCUCUCCCUGAAACCUUCACUGCAUUGGUUCGUUUAUUUGGUUCAAAAGGUUAUGCUACGAGAGGUUUAGAAAUUCUUGCAGCAAUGGAGAAACUGAAUUUCGAUAUCCGUCAUGCUUGGCUAGUUCUUAUUGAGGAGCUGAUUAGAAACGACCACUUGCCUGAUGCCAACAAAGUGUAUCUAAAGGGCGCCGAGGGUAAGCUCAGAGCUACUGAUGAGAUAUAUGAUCUUCUGAUUAAGGAAAAUUGUAAAGCUGGAGAUCAUUCAAAUGCAUUGACCAUAGCUUAUAAAAUGGAGGAAGCUGGAAGGAUUGCUACCACUUAUCAUUUCAAUUGUCUACUUAGUUGUCAAGCAACCUGCGGAAUACCUGAAGUUGCAUUUGCGACGUUUGAGAACAUGAUUUAUGGGCAAGAAUAUAUGAAACCCAACACAGAGACAUAUAACUGGUUGAUCCAGGCUUAUACAAGGGCAGAGUCCUCGGACAGGGUACAAGAUGUUGCCCACCUACUUGGCAUGAUGGUUGAAGAUUACAAGCAUGUACAGCCUGAUGUGAGAACCUAUGCGCUAUUGGUGGAAUGCUUUACCAAAUACUGUGCAGUAAGAGAAGCUAUCAGACAUUUUCGGGCCCUUAUAAGAAUUGAGGGGGGAAUUAAAGUUUUAUACAAUGAAGGAAAGAAUGGAGAUCCUCUUUCUCUAUAUCUCCGGGCUUUAUGUAGAGAAGGAAGGAUUAUUGACCUUUUAGAAGCCUUAGAAGCUAUGGGUAAAGAAAAUCAGCCUAUACCAGCCAGAGCAAUGAUAUUAAGUCAAAAAUACCGAACCAUGGUUAGCUCUUGGAUUGAACCUAUGUCAACAGAGGCAGAUGUAGGGUACGAGAUUGACUACAUUGCCAGAUACAUUGAGGAGGGCGGUCUGACAGGUGAGCGCAAGAGAUGGGUUCCACGAGAAGGAAAGACUUCGCUAGAUCCUGAUGUUGCUGGAUUUGUAUACAAAAAUCCCUUAGAAACUUCAUUCAGGCAACAAUGUCUUGAAACUUGGAGGAGGUAUCAAAGAAAGGUAUUACGGGCUUUGCGCAGAAGAGGUCCAUCACUCUUGGGAGAUGCUUCAGAAGCUGAUUAUGUUCGGGUUUUGGAGUGGCUAUUUCAUGUCCUUAAACGCCCAAACAAAAAUGCAUUAAAACCGAAGGCUGCCAGUAAGAUGCUUGUACCUGAGCUGAUGGAGGAACUAGAAGCACAAGGUUUGCCAACUGAUGGAAACCGGAGUGUGCUUUAUCAGCGUGUUCAGAAGGCUAGAAGAAUAAAUCGAUCUAGAAAUAAGCCCUUAUGGGUUCCUCCUGUGCAAGAGCAAGAGGAGGAGAUUGACGAGGAGAUCCAAGAAUUGGUAUCUAGGGUCAGGCUAGAAGAGGGAAACACUGAGUUUUGGAGGCGAAGAUUUCUUGGAGAAGGUUUAGAAGCUGAAUUUGGAAAGCCGACAGCAAUUGAAGUAGAAGCUUCCGAUGUUUCUGAUAAUCCUACUGUUACUGAUGAUGUGACUAAACAGGGUGAUGAUGAUGAAGCAGAUAAAGAGGAGGCAGUCGAACAAACUGAAAACCAAACCGGUGAUACGGAAGCGGUCAAGGACAAGGAAGUGGCUGCAAAUCCCCUUCAAAUGAUUGGUGUUCAAUUAUUUAAAGGCCCCGAAACUGCACCAGCUAAAUCAAAAAAAUCUGUUAAAAGAUUGGCCCGAAUAGCUGCAAUGGAGAAUGAUGAUGAUGAAGAAUGGCUUCCAUUGGACAUACUGGAGGCAUUUAAGGAGUUGCGGGAUAGGAAAAUAUUUGAUGCAUCAGAUAUGUACACGAUUGCUGAUGCUUGGGGUUGGACAUGGGAAAUGGAAAUAAGAAAUACUCCCCCUAGACGCUGGUCACAAGAAUGGGAAGUGGAAAUGGCCGUGAAGCUAAUGAGAAAGGUUAUAGAGUUGGGUGGAACACCAACCAUUGGAGACUGUGCCAUAAUUCUGCGCGCAGCAAUAAGAGCACCGUAUCCUUCUGCCUUCUUAGAAAUUUUUGGAACAACACAUAGCCUUGGUUAUGUGUUUGGAAGUCCAUUAUACGAUGAGGUCAUCACCUUGUGCCUUGAUCUUGGAGAACUUGACGCCGCUAUUGCGAUUGUAGCUGACCUGGAAACGAGUGGCAUUACAGUCCCUGAUGAGACACUUGACAGGGUCAUUCAGGCUAGACAAACAACUCGUACUAAUGUAAAUGGUACAUCUUUGUAGUUUUAGAAUAAUCUUUUUUCUGUUGUAUGUUACCUUUAUGAUUUUAAUAGAAAUUAGUGUACCAUGUGAGCAUUCGUGAAACUGGUGCUCCAUUCCGUGAUUUUUAGUGAUUGUUUGAAACUGUUGUGUAGAUCGUAAUGAUUCAGGUAUAGAUUAUGAAUAUAGAGCCAUAGAGGUAAUGCAAUGGGUAUGUA